AUGUCCAUCACGCACGAGCGCGACAUCAACGGCCUAGCCACCCUCUCGGUCAUCGCCAAAGCAGAACAGUGUCACAGCGAGCUCUCUUUCUGCAUCCCAACAUCACUCGCAUUUGCAAAGCGUUUGACAUGGGAGCAAACCCCUUGGAUUUCAAAUAACCUGAAUCGCAGGUCCGUGAACCCGAUAGGCGAGGCUGACGCGUAUCGCAUUGCCCAAUAUCUGGCUUCACAUGGUCACAAUGUGACGCAAAGAAAUGUCCAGCGUGCGCUGCUUUUUGGAACCACAUACACACCCACCUCAGAAGAAGACAACAUGUCAGAAGAUAUUGGCAUGAACCCCCAUCUCUUCCUCAUCUUUCCAAACGCUUCCAUGGUUCCUUACCUCGACAAGCAGUUCCUCAAGAUCUGGCACGACGAAAUCGUAAAACCGGCGUUCGACCGAGCGUGGAAAGACUCCGGGCUCACACUCGUUCAUGGCGUUUCUCUAGACACCCCCACCCGCAUCCUACCUCCAACUGGUGUGCAUACGGAGCGCGAUGCAUAUCCAGUGUCCGGUUUUCUUGAGCGCUUGCGUAAUGGAAAUCCAGGUGCAGUGCGAGACUACUGGCCCAUCUGGAGAGAUAGCGAGUGGCACCUCGGGCUUGAGGGAAAGUAUACGGAUACUCGGACUCGCAUCUACCACGAAGCUUGGAGUGCUAUAAAAGGCAUGCUGAAGGACCAUCCGCAGAUGUCUUCGUACCAGAAUCCGAUCUUACUGGCCGUUUCGAGGAUGCAGAUACAUGUUAGCACACGGUUGAGCACCAAUUAUAAGUUCAAGUGCGUAGCGCGGGAGUGGGAUCGGCUUGUAGACUCGCGUUUUGUCAAGCCGGCGUCUUUCCAGGUCGUCUUUGAGACGGUCAUUGGGACGACACCACGGAGUGUUGUGGAGGAUAAGCCAGUAGUGACGACUUUCAUCGCGGACGAGAAGGGCAAGCAGAUCAAAAGACUGGCAGAUUGCGAGGAAGAUGAAGGCGAGGAUGCGCAUCGUAGUAAGCGUAUGAUGAUGUCGAUUGCCGGUGGUUAUAUUUCAGACGCAUAG